CAUUGGGAAAAGUCGGCCUAGAUGUUUACAAAAUGUGUAAUGGCAGAGUUACUUUUAUUUCAUUUUGACUUCAUUUUCCAAUUUUCCUAGGAAUCUAAAUGUAUUGAAAACGCUCGGUUGAAUUCGAUUCACAUGGCCGUAAGUGGCGAACGACUGGGGAAGUCGGGAACUUGUAUUAGUAGUGAUUUGUCGGUAACCAAUGCAAGUACUCACAGUGUUGUUGGUAAAAAUGGUUUAAUGUCUAACUGGUCGGAUACUACUACUACUACUACCACCAUUCAUUCACAAAUGCCUCCUACUCUUAGAUCACAAGUAACACAACCGUCAUCAGCGUUAUCCUCAUCGCCUACACUGGGUGCAUGUGGUGGUGGUGGUGCUAUUUAUGGUCAGUUAGUAACAGCAGAUCAACUAUGCCAAUUGGAGCGACAUUCAGCUACUAACACAAGUGGUGAUGAUACGGCUAAGUCAAUUGAAGGUGUGCAUAAAAAGACUGGUCUAUGCUUAAGCAGUAUAAAACAGACGACUACUACUACUACUACACAUGAGAGUAAAGUACAAAAAACCUCGUUAUCGCUCAAUCCUGUGGUGGUGUCCAGUACAAAUCUUCCCCAGUCAGCCUCUCAGGUAAUGACCCAGUCUUCUUAUGCCUAUUCGGAUGCGUCAGUCACUAAACCACCACCACCACCACCGCAACAACAACAACAACAAACGAGCAAGGAUACUACUACGCAUCAACCAAUGGAAAUAUCCCAUUCACUUGGUUCCGAAUCGAUUACAUUUCCGCAUCAUACUACUGAUGUCCAGUCAACUGCUAUGGAUUUAGGUGGACAGCCGGGUAGUCCAUCUUUGUCGAAAGUACGAACAUCUGUUACAUCUACUUGUUGCUUACUUCAAAGCAAUAAUAAUAAUAAUAACUCUCAAGCUGGACAGAAUACUUACUGCUACCCUAUAUUUCCAUUUGGUGUGUCUACAACUGAUCAUCAAGUGACGUGUAAUCCUACAUCAUGUAGUCAUAUGAUAAAAGAUACUCGAUGUCCUGCUGCUACAGUUACACAAAAUGAACCUAUUUCAAAUAUCACCAGUCAGUAUUCAUGUCCUCGUGAUUCCGAACAACGACCUGUCAUAAAAAUGUCAGUUAAUCUUAUUCGAACGUAUAAAAAUAUCAAUGAGGUAUACUAUCGAAAGAAACGUCGUAUUAGAGAACAGGUCGGUGAAGACAGUAUACAAAAAAGAGAUCGUAAAGGUUCUGUUUCAUUUCUAUCGAAUGGUAAUUCUACUACUUUUGGCAAUGGUGGUGGUGCUUCAAUUCCUGCAUGUCAACAUGGUUCAACUGGAAAUUUAACUGGGGUCAAUGCUGCCAGUGUAGCCAACACAGCUGCUCUAACCUGCCAUUAUCAUCAUUAUCAUCAUCACCAUCAUCAUUGUGUCCCAUCUCAGUCGACAUUGUCAUCUCAACAAGUCCCCGCGUUGCCUCCACAUCGAUGCGGUUGCAGUGGUUGUAAUAAUAAUAGUAGUAGUAAUAAUCCCAUCUUAGGUUCUACUUGUUGUCCAACAUCUUCCGAGAUACAAACACGAUCUGGUGUGAAUGGGAUUAAUCAAACACGUCAUCAAGCACCUGGUGGUGGUCAAGUUCACACAAAACACCAUCAUCAUUCUACAGUUUUUCAUAAUAAUAAUCAACAUGGAAUAUCUCACUUCCCUCACCAUCAUCCUCAACAGCAGCAACACAUCUACGAUCAAGGUUCAUCACUGCCUUGUAAUAAUCCUCCUAAGUCAUAUCCAUCCACAGACGUGAAUAAUAAUUAUAAUAGCAGUAGUAAUGCAGCUGCUUCAGGACUUCGUACUGCGACAACAACAACAACAACAAUAUCUUCGUUGACAUCAACAACAGCAACAGCAACAAACGUGACAGGUGCAAUAUGUUCUGGUGGUCAUUUACAACAAUCAAAUCCCAGUUGUAUACCACCACCAUCUUCUGUUUAUUCAUCACAUCAUGGACUUGUACGUAUCGGUGAUGUUUGGUAUGAUCGUUAUCGAAUUCUAGCGCUGAUUGGAAAAGGAACAUUUGGACAAGUUGUUCGUGCUUUUGAUAAAUUAACCGGAGAAGAGGUUGCAAUUAAAGUGAUUAAAAACAAAAGAUCAUUUGUACAACAAGCUGAAAUUGAAAUUAAAUUACUCCGUGAAAUGUCUGUCUUUCAGGCUAAUGAACAAUUGGCUGCUGAAGUUGGCGCUAAUUAUAUUGUUAAUUUAAAAGGACAUUUCAGUUAUCAUGGUCAUUUAUGCUUAGUAUUUGAAUUACUUUCAUAUAAUCUAUACGAUUUACUGGGCAAUACAAAUUAUCGUGGUGUUUCAUUAAAUUUAACACGUAAAUUUGCUCAACAAUUAUGCGCUGCUCUGGUAUUUCUCUCUCGACCAGAUGUACAUGUAAUACAUUGUGAUUUAAAACCAGAGAAUAUAUUACUUGUUAAUCCUAAGCGUUCAGCUAUCAAAGUUAUUGAUUUUGGUAGUUCUUGUCAUGUACAUGAAAAAGUAUAUCAGUAUAUUCAAUCAAGAUUUUAUCGGUCUCCAGAAGUGUUAUUCAAUUUAGACUAUGGUCUUGGCAUUGAUAUGUGGUCACUUGGUUGUAUUCUUGUUGAAAUGCACACAGGUGAACCGUUGUUUUGUGGAGCAAAUGAGCUUGAACAACUUCUUCAAAUUAUUGAAGUACUUGGCUUUCCUCCGGUUUAUAUGAUUGAAGCUAGUCCUAAAUUAUCAACAUUUUUCGAUUGUAUACCUGUGAUGAAUUCCAAUACAAGUGGUACUGUAACAUCGUCUUCAAGCGGUGGUGUUCAUCUGACCAACACAUCCACUUCUUCUACUACUACUCCUACUACUACUAAUAGUAACAUCCCGAUGGCUGUAACUACAGCGGGGGGAUCAACGGCGUCAACACCGUGUAGUACACUGAUAACUACGAUAGCAGGAAAUACGUCUAGAGGCGUGGCUAAACCUACAAAUACCAGUUGUAGUACAAUGUCCAGCGACGCACCAACAACAACGACAACUACUACUACUUCUAAUAAUAGUAAUAAUACUAUUGGCGGCGUCAUCAGUACGAGUGCAGCACAGUCAGGUGAUGUUGUAAAUAACCCUAGUAGUAAUUAUACUACUACUACUACUGAUAAGUCAAAUGCCAGUGUAUUAUUAUCAACAUCUGGAACUGUUCUAUACAAACCUAAACGUGUAUGGACUAAACAAGAAUGUACUUAUGAGUGUAAAUUCUCUGGUGUGGGAACAAGACCGUUGCGUACUGUGGUUGGCGCAGAUAUUGGUGGACCUAAAGGUUGUCGACGCGGGGAACAAGGUCAUACCCCGGAGGAUUAUGAUAAAUUUGUCGAUUUAAUUCAACGUAUGCUUGUCUAUGAACCACGAUUUCGUAUUCGUCCUGAAGAAGCGUUAACACAUCGGUUUUUCACUCGUAAAGAUGAUGGUCAACAACAACAACAACAAACUGGAAAUUCUCCAACUGUUACAUCAUCAAAUUCAUCUACUGUAACAAGUACUCCUUCUUCAGUUACUUCGACUACUGCUGGCAUUGGCUCCAACGUUUCUACUACUACUGUAAUCAAUUCUAGUACAACAAACAGUUCUCAGUCGAUUCCUAGCAGUAAUAAACAAUCCUCUCCAUCGACUACUAGUGCUGCUAACAUCACCACAACUAGUACCACGAAUACUACAACUACUGGUAGCUGUCAUUGUUCUUCUCAUGAAAAAAUCCUCUCUAAUCCAUGUCACCAUCAUCAAUCUUCAGGUCAAGAAGUAUUCAAUGCAUCAUAUCUAACUUUUGCACCGAAUCAAGAAAUUAAACACAUGAUGUCUCCGCCAGCCACUACUACUACUGCUGCUGCUGUUGCUUCUACUGCUACCGGUGUUGCUGCUGCCGGUUGUGCUCCUGUGGUUACUUAUGCAUCAAUUCCUUGA